GAGCGCUGGCAUGAAGUGGCUCCUAACGGCCGUGUGGCCGGCCCCGGCUGCGCUCCCUGGCUUUGGUGACACCUGGCUAGCUGGGAGGAGAGCCGUGUGACAGCUGCGGGCAGCCAGGGAGCUGAAGGGAGUCCUGAUAUCCACUGUGACGGCCUGAGGCACACGCCCUGCUGCUCAUGCCAGUGGGGCUCUGCCAGGAGGAAGCCAGGGGCAAGACCCUCGCCAGGGGCCUGGCGGGCACAGCAUGGAGCGCUCGAACAAGAUGGAGUUCUUCCUGAAGCUGGGCUACCGCCGGGAGGACGUGGUCAAGGUGCUGGGCAAGCUGGGUGAGGAUGCCCUGGUCAACGAUGCACUGCAGGAGCUGAUCCAGACUGGCAGCCGCCCAGGGGCCCAAGAGGCCAGCGCUGCGCCCCUUCUCGUCCCCAGGGGUUCCUGCGGACCCCCAGACUCCGCCCAGUUUGGGCUAGGGGCUGAGGUGGAAGAGGAGUGCGGAGGCCCAGCCAGUUCCUUGCGACCCAUAGUGAUCGACGGCAGCAACGUGGCAAUGAGCCAUGGAAAUAAAGAAGCCUUCUCUUGCCGGGGAAUCCAGCUGGCUGUGGACUGGUUCAGGGACAGAGGACACACCUACAUCAAAGUUUUUGUCCCCUCCUGGAGGAAAGACCCACCAAGGUCUGAUACGCCUAUUAGAGAGCAGCACGUGCUGGAGGAGCUGGAGAGGCAGGCGGUGCUUGUGUACACCCCAUCCCGCAAGGUGAACGGCAAGCGGGUGGUCUGCUAUGAUGACCGCUACAUCGUGAAGGUGGCCUAUGAGCAGGAUGGCAUCAUUGUCUCCAACGACAACUACCGGGACCUGCAGAGCGAGAACCCCGAGUGGAAGUGGUUCAUCGAGCAGAGGCUGCUCAUGUUUUCCUUCGUCAACGACCGAUUCAUGCCUCCUGACGACCCCCUGGGCCGGCGGGGACCCACCCUGAGCAACUUCCUGAGCAGGAAGCCGAAGCCCCCGGAGCCGUCCUGGCAGCACUGCCCCUACGGCAAGAAGUGCACCUACGGCAUCAAGUGCAAGUACUACCACCCGGAGAGGCCGCCCCACGCGCAGCUCGCGGUGGCCGACGAGCUGCGCGCGCAGACGCGGGCCUGGCGGGGCGCGGGUGCUGACGAGGAGCGGCCGCGGGGCGCGCGGGCGGUGGUCCGGGCGGAGCAGGGGGCUCCCCGGGGCGCCCCCGCCGCAGCCUGGCCCGGCCCCCGGGAGCCUGGCACGCGCAGCCUGCCCGGGGCGCGGCGGGCAGCGGACGUGGCGGCCCUGGAGGGCGGCUUCUCGCGGCUCGCCUUCCGCGACGACACCGGGCCCCGCGGGCCGCCCCCUCCGGGCCCCGGCUGCGCCCUCGCGCUCGGGCCGCGCGGUCCAGACUGGGUGGCGCCCGGGGCCUCGCGGUCCCCGCCGGCCCUGCCCGGCCUCCUGACCCCCCCGAGUGCGUCCGGCCCGCAGGUCGCGCUGCGGGGUGGGGUCGGCCCCGGGGACCCGCAGGGCGACCUGCUCCCCCAGCGCCGGCAGCCCGCCGACCCGUGGGCCCUUCCCCAGGGGACCGGCCGCUUCCCGGGCCGCUCGGCCUGGGCGGAGUCCCGCUGGGGCGACAGCGCCUUCGUGGGACCCUCGGGGUCCGCGCCCCGCGCCGCGGCCGGCGACAUGGACGCGCGCGCCCGGACGCGCACCGCGCUCUGCAGCAUCUUCCCGCCCCAGGAGGUGGACCGCGUCAUGGCCCUGUUCCCCGCGCUCUCCGACGUCACCAAGCUCAUCCUCCUCAUCCAGAGAUUGCAGAGGUCCGGUGCGCCCGUGGGAAACCCCUCAGGGGCUAGUCCAAGCCACCGCAAGUGAUGUCUCAAUCUUGCAGCUUGGCCGGGCAGGCCCGUGGUUGCCAGCCUGCACCUGGAUCGGCCCACCACGUGGGGCCCCCUGUUUUUGAAAGAUGGUCAUGGAAGCCAGCUUCCUGACCCUCAACCGUGCCCACGGUGGCACCUGGUGACCCCCCACGGAUGAUGCAGGGCCACCUGCUGAAGUUCCACGUCCUGCAGAAUAAGGGCCGCUUCCGGGAAGGGAGUGAUUUCUCACGCCUGGAAGACUACAGUCUCACUACAGGCUCUAGGAGUUUGUCUGGAACAGUCACCUGGGAUCCACAAGUGGGUCACAAGAUCACUUUAGUGGGUCACACCCGAAAUAGAGUGGAAUAGGAAAUCUCUGAGCACGCCCCACAUAAUCAGGCUAAGAACGAAACUCUUAUUUCUUAGCCACACAUGGGCCUAUGAACCCUUGGUGGCCGUGUGAACUUCAUGUGGGUCACCGGCACAAAUUUGAGAAAUCCUGGUAAACGGCCUUCAAUUUCACUGCAUCGAAUCACGCUUCAAAUAUGUGGUCACUUGGCCGCUGGAAGGUUUGGCAUCUGGAGGUUUCCACACGAGCUCUUUCUAACCUCACGAGGGGAGCCUGGCGCUCUAGACUCCACGCGGAGGCUUCACUUGUCACUCUGAGAUUGUGUGGCUGUGCUGGUCUGUGGAGGUGUGGCAGAGGCAUGUUGUCCUAAGGGCCUGCCUCCGGGGCCUUCAGUCCCUUCACAAGCACACAUACACCACACACAAAUGUCACACCACACACACACACACACACACAUCACCUGACUCAGGGCUAAGUGUCCCGUUUUUGUCAGCUGUCUGUUGUGUCAGUUUCCAGCACAGGCCCCCUACUGGCUGAGCCCUCUAAGCCACAGUCACGCUGAGCCGAGGCCCAGCGAGUCAGGACUUCCGCUCAGAAAGCUCCAGGUGGGUCAGUGGAGAGCUGGACGAGCCUCCGUCGUGGAGGUUCAUGGCCACCUUCCACCACUCUGAUUCUUCUGGCCAGCCACUGCUUUGAGUUUGGGGGAGAAGGGACCCACCUAUUUGCAACGGACAAGAAAUGAGACAAUGCUGCCAGAACACGGACCCCGUGUCCUCAGGGGCCCUGGCAUCACCUGUGGCUGCAUCCGCCCCUUCACUUGGGGUCACGGGUCCCGCUCUGCAGGUCUGGGCUCAUUUGUUCAUGAGGGGCUUCGGGGGCUUGGCCAUCGGGGAGAGUGCGAGGCACCUCGCAGUGGAAAACCAGCCCUCAAGCCCCGCAGCUCCCUGGGGACUGGCAAGCUCAGUGGGGAACUUCUCUGGCGUUACUCGGCUGCGGGCGAUGUCGGCACAGCCCAGGGUGCGCCCAGAGAGCCUGCUCCAGUCCCUCUAGUUCCUGGUCAGUGCUGCAUGGGAGAUGCAGGCGCACUGCGAUCCUGUUCAUCUUUUUAAACCGGAUUCUCAGCAUGGCUUCAGCCACAUCUGUCCUUCACCUCUUUUUUCCAAAGAGGACACUGUACCCACAAUUGUACCUAUCAUUGGGACCUCAGUCCUGAGGGGGGUCCGCUCUUUCUGGAUAAAUCGAAUUUCCCUCAUGGUGGUUUUUUUUUGUCUUUUUGCACGACAAGCUUUAUGUUAGAGCUGCUUUUGUCUCCGGAAUCUGUCUCCCGACAUGGCACCAUCGCGUUGCUGAUUUACGGUUGGAAACGUUUAAACUGCUUCCUUUGAGGACGAGUUGGAGUUUUAGUAAGCUGUAAAGCUAUCUUAUUUGGUUCACUGUGAUUAAGACAAGAACAAAAACAAGUGAAGAAACAGCACAUUUCAGUGUAAUCCCCUUUGGAGUUUUUUCCAAAGUCUUGGUAUGUCUUUGUGACACAAAACUUGGAUGGGACGGGCGAACGAGAUGUUCCUAGUCGCAUAGCUGUUACCGUGCUCCAAAA